AAACACGACAUCAACGGUUGCAUCAGUGUCAAGUGUAGGAACUCCUUUCUGAGUCGUCAUCUUGUAGCAGACUAAAGUUAAGAACACGCUGAGAGAUGUGUGGUAUCUGGGCUUUGUUCGGCAGCGAUGAGUGCCUGUCAGCGCAGUGCACGUGCGCCAUGAAGAUCGCUCACAGGGGCCCUGACGCUUUCCGCUUUGAGAACGUCAACGGCUUCACCAACUGCUGCUUUGGCUUCCACCGGCUGGCCAUCGUGGACCAGCUGUAUGGCAUGCAGCCACUGCGCAUCAAGAAGUUUCCUUUCCUAUGGCUCUGCUACAAUGGAGAGAUCUACAACCACCAGACGCUGAGGAAGGAGUUUGACUUUGACUACCAGACUAAAAUGGACGGUGAGAUUUUGCUCCAUCUGUACGACCGCUUUGGCAUCAAGAAGAUGGCCUCUCUCCUGGAUGGCGUCUUCGCUUUCAUUCUGCUGGACACCGCCAACAGGAAGGUCCACCUGGGGAGGGACACGUAUGGCGUCCGACCUUUGUUCAACUUCGUCACAGAAGACGGGUUCCUUGCAGUCUGCUCCGAGGCCAAAGGCCUGACAGAAAUUACCCAUGCGAUGUCCACCCCAGCCAACAUUGUCCCCUUCCCCCCCGGCUACGUCGAGGUGUUUGACUUGAAACCAACCGGCAAAGUUCAGUCCAUUCAGAAGGAGCAGUUCCACUGCUGCACCAAAGAGCCGGCUCAUGCCAACUACGACACCGCGGAGACACUGCAGUCAGGUGUGGAUGAGAAGGUGGUGAAAAGCAACAUCAGAGCUCUGUUCGAGAACGCCGUGAGGAAACGUCUCAUGGCUCACAGGAGAAUCGGUUGUCUUCUCUCAGGUGGUCUGGACUCCAGUUUGGUCGCUGCUACUCUGGUGAAGCUGGGGAAAGAGGAGAAGCUGAAGUAUCCCAUCCAGACAUUUUCAAUCGGGUCCGACGACAGUCCAGACAUCCUCGCUGCUCGCAGGGUGGCCGCCCACAUUAACAGCGAACACCACGAAGUGAACUUCAGUGCAGAAGAAGGCAUCCAAGCUGUGGAGGAUGUCAUUUUCCACCUGGAGACCUAUGACAUCACCACCAUCCGUGCCUCUGUCGGGAUGUACUUGGUGUCCAAGUACAUAAGAGAGAAGACGGACAGCGUGGUGAUCUUCUCUGGUGAGGGAUCUGAUGAGCUGACUCAGGGAUACAUCUACUUCCACAAGGCUCCGACUCCCAAAGCGGCAGCAGAGGACAGCGUGCGUCUGAUGAAGGAGCUCUACUUGUUCGACGUCCUCCGUGCUGACCGCACCACAGCUGCACACGGUCUGGAGCUCAGAGUGCCUUUCCUGGACCACAGAUUCACAGCGUACUAUCUGUCCCUGCCGGAGGAGAUGAGGGUUCCUAAGAACGGAGUGGAGAAGCAUCUUCUGAGGGACGCCUUCAAAGGUCUCAACCUGAUCCCAGAUGACAUCCUGUGGAGGCGCAAAGAAGCCUUCAGUGAUGGCGUGAUGUCUGCAAAGAAGUCCUGGUACACCUGCCUGCAGGACCACGUAGAGUCUUUGGUGAACGACGACCAGAUGGAGAAGGCGCACAAAACGUUCCCUCACAACCCUCCACGCACCAAAGAGGCCUACUACUUCAGGCAAGUGUUCGAGAAGCACUUUCCAGGCCGGGCUCAGUGGCUCUCCCAUUACUGGAUGCCUCGCUGGAUCAACGCCACCGACCCGUCCGCCCGCACCCUUGCAAUCUACAAACCAGACAAAGACCAGUGAUCGUCAGGAACCCGCGGCCACAUGUACCCGUUAGCGCAGGCCACGGCCUCUUCUUUAUGUGUCAUAAUCAGCUUUAUUUUACAACUCCCAUGUUUAAAUUCUAAUUUAUUCGGAAGUACUUCCACUGAGCUGGUCUUACCCCGCACGAUGUUUGUCUGUCAGGCAGUGAUGGAGGAGAUCUUCUAAAAAGGACGUGUCGCACCUUUGUAGCCAUUUAAAAAGCCUGAAGCCCGUGCUCCAUCUGCAGCCUUUAAUUCUGUUAAUGUGGGUUUACAUUUUGCUUCCAGUGUGAGCUCUGCUGAAGGUUCUUUCAAAAUCUGCAAAGGUCUCUGCUUUUGAUGCUAUUUGCUACUUUUGUUGAUAUUUAAAAAAAAAAAAAAAAAAAAAAAAGAAAAGAAAAAAUGCCACCUUGAACACUGACGGUGUGAUGAAAGCAGCAGGUCGGCGGCUUCCUUCCUGAGCCGCUGGACAGUCAGUGAACCUGGCACAAAGACGGAAAGAAAUUGGACUCUUAGUGAAAAGGAGCCUUAAGUUGUGAGGUGUAUUGAUUUAAAAAAAAUAAUAAUCAAGCAUCUGUGUCGUGGGACGCUCAUGAGGCAGGUGGCUGAAAAACACACCUGGCAGCUGGUCACGUUCUCUGGAAACGUCCGAGUGGAAGUGGAGCUCGGACCAACAGACGCUGGAGCGAACCCAUGCAGUUUGUUUUAAUGAGGAAUAUAUGAAUAUUCAAUUCAUGUACUUUUACAUCUACUUAAUCUACUGGAGAACAACCUUUGAGACUACUUCACUACUUCACUGCACUUGAUAGGCUCAUUGAAACGGCUCCAGCCCCCCUAAAAUUCAACCUACUUCAUGUCAUUGAUUAACAGUAAUUUCCUGUGUGGCCAAAAGAGUGUAAGCGGAGAAACUUACUGAUGCAGUGUGCUGGUGUGAUCGUCUAAACAUCAUCACUGCUGCUGUGUGACCAGUCACCUGGGCCUGAGCGAUGGAUAAAAAAUUAGUUGAGGGUUUGAAGUGAGUGAAAUUGUUCUUUUACAGCCUCGUCUGACAAGCUCCACCGGUUCAAGCCUGUCCUCGCUGACAUGCUAAUGAUGGGGUCUGACUGAUCUGUCUAGUCUAUUGAUGCAUUUUGUUGUAAGGACCAUGCUCGUAUUUUUUUCAAUUAUUAUUUAUUUUUUUUAUUGUUCGCCAACAGUUAUCCAGCUGAAGCACAUAUUUGCUAGGGAGUGUGUCCUAACUUCCAGGCUGCCUCUUGUUCAUUUUUCUGCUCUGAGAAAUAACCAAAAUCUUGCUGGAGAUAGAUAUCGAACUAAACACCUCUUCUGUUGUUUGCCGUAUCAAUCAGCCGACCGCACGGCGAGCAGCUCCUGUCUAAUAUAAAAUAGUCCUCGGAAUAGCUCUAAUGUCCUGCCACGGUCCUGUUGUAUAAUCUUUUCUGAUGCGUCCGGACAUAUUUAUUUCUUUUCUGUUUUCAAGUGGGUCUCAAACGCUACACCCUGCGUGUUUUUCUUAGGAGGAUCGCGCUGCUACUUCUCGGAUCUAGGAUGCCUCAUGAGUAACUAGCGACAUCAAUAAGUUGUGUGUUAAAAUGGAGUGUUCAGAGCUACUAACACCAAAAACAAAACAAAGCAAAAAAAAAAAAAAAUAAUAAUAAUAACUGUUGACUGGUAUGUUAUGCAAUUUGUGCGGAGGACAUCUUUCCACUUUCUCAUAGGUGAGUCAUGUGCGCAGUGGAACCACUUGACACUAAUUAAUACUAUCUUAAUACUAUCGGCUGUUGUUUCGCUGCCUGUUGCAUAUCAGGUUACAACUGGCUACGCUGAUGGGAAUUUAGUGUUUGACAAAUUAAAUUUCCCUACAAUGUAUGAUUUUCAUUCAUUUCCUCUACCCCUUCUUCAAGUGUUGGCAUGAACUACAGUACGGAAGCGGUGAUGCCUGGCCUUUAUUUUACAGCAUGAAACUAAGCUCUAUGUAACAUUCAAAGCUUAAUAGAAAACAAGGCGGCACAAUGUCUCCAGGUCUGUAGUCCUGACUUCUCUCUCUCUGUUACCGCUGGUUUCUCAAAAAUAAAUUCUACUCUUGACACUGA